AGUUACACACGUCACUUGUGUGUGUAGGGGGAUUCCCUGGGGAUUUCCCUAGUCACAUGAAGGUCUCUUGGAAGACUCAGAGAAACUAGCAAGCAAAUAUCUGGUGUUCUGCAGUUAAUAUGGAGCCCCGAGUGUUGCAAGAGGCUCAUGCUACUCCAGACAAGAUCAAGAGUGCACUCGUCUAUAAUGACGAAGAUGCACUAGACACUGGAAUGCAGAAAGUUCAACCUCUGCCAUUUCUAGACGAGGAGAUUCACAAGUACGUCCAGGUGAUUGAAGCUUCCAUUCCAGACGCAAAGAAAGUCAACGAUGCUGUCCCUGAGAGAGUGCGAGAGACGGUAGAGACUGUUAUACGAGUGGCCAAAGAAGGGAAGACCACUCUGUUCAAAGCUAGUGACGUUCUAGAACUGACUGCGGACGCCUACCAAUAUGCACGGAGAGCUUACAUCGAUGAUUUCGAACUGGAGAGAGAAUCUGGGGCUGUGCUGAAAAACUAUGAUGAUGCGUUCAAACGUAUGAUUCAGAAUCGGAUUGAAACAAAAGUGGACGACGCAGAAGAAGAUUUGAGGGACUGCCGUGACCUGUUGAAUGAGGCAGUGCAAAAGGCUGAGAAGGACAGACGGAGACUUGCCGAGAGAACUGAGAAAGAGGAAGGUAAUCUUUCAGAGGAUUCACUCCACGACAUUUGUACAAACACUCAAGACAAUAUCAAGGACGAGAAAGCUGAGCUAGAGCAUAUUAUUGACCAGUGUGACAAAGAUAUCACAAAGAUUGACAAAAGUUUAGGUGAGUUUCACAAUAACAUGGACCAAGCUACUAUGGAGCAAAGGCAGAAGAAGCUUAGUGAAGAGAAACAGUUGAAACAGAAUCGAGAGAGACAGCGCCAGUUGGAAGAAGAGCUAGCACGCCUGAAAACCCAGGAGAUGUACUUGAUGGAUAGUCUUGAGACUGGAGAGCAGAUCCGAGAACAGACAGAUAGUGCAAGGGAGGGGGCAAAUCAGGAGGUGGAGGAAUGGAAGACAAAAAUUGCAGAGCUCAAGAAGCGCACUCAUACUUCCCUCGACAUUGUACACCGUAUGGAAGAAUGUACUGAUCUGAUACUGAGCAAUGCUAAAGAGAAGAAGAAAGAAUGGAAGAAAAGGCUGGCUACUAUGGACAUGGACAGUCUGCUUGAUUACAGGGAUGCCCUCAUGGCCCAAGGAGUGCUCUUCACAGUAAUUGCUCAAGAAUCAAGCAGCAACUCAAAGUAUGCUUCCAUCCAACUCAAGCAACUUGAAAGUGAGAAAAGAGAAGCUUCAAAGACAGGGUUUAUGUUUCUGGUCAAAGAGCUCGGGGAGAAGGUUCAGAAGUACACAGUUCAAAAGGAGAAACUCCAAACGGAGAUAGGCAGAAUGACUGACUUGUUGACAGAGGUCCGUGAUAAGCUCAAAGAUGCUGAUGCAAAGAUCAGACAGCUACGUCCCUCUUUCCGACUGGACACCUUGGAUGACAAAUUCAAAAACUGGAAGAAGACCAUGGACCAAGCUUUUGAGAAAGGUGCUGCAGCUGCUGUGAACUUUAACUCCAUUGGGAACUACAACUAAUGUUUGUAUGACACUUUAUAUGCAGUGGUAUAAUACGUAGCUAUUGUUUGUUCAUAAUUAUCAUAGUGCUGAUAAUUUAUAGUGGUUUAUACUUAUUUUGUGUUUUUUUUUUUAUAAUACCUUUUGUAUGCUUUUGUAUGAAGUUUUUGCCCCAA